GGUGUUGGUAAGAGCGGGUCAGCGACGGCCUUUCCAAAAGGAUGUCUGAAUCGUAACUUACGCCGUGUCCUCGGGACAAUCUGACGCCAGGGUGACGGGGAGAGCCACCUCACUUCGGUCGUCGGUCGGUUCCUUCAUCCCCUUUCUCAGCAUGCGUCAGGCCGAGGCUGUGGAGAGAAGAGGCCCAGCGCGGUCAAGGGGGCGCCGAACCCACACGCCCCACACGCCCCACACGCCGCGGAGCCGGAGCGUGCGGCCGCCUCCUCGGCGUUGUCAGGCGCUGGCGGCGCCGCCCGCCUCAAGCACACCCCGAGGCGCCCGGCGAUACGCGCCCGGAGGAGGGGGAAGGCCCCGGAGCCGUGCGCUUCUUCAUCUUUGGGAAACGGGCAGCCAUCCUCCUGCAGGGCAAAUCGGGGCAAGGGAGGAACAUUUCACAGACCAUUACCCACGACACUCGGGUCUCCCGGCAAAAUGCCUGCAGACGCCCCCGCCGACCCCGACCCCGACCCCCCCCGGCCCCGCCCCCACCCCCACCCGCCGCUCCGGGGUGUCCUGGCUCGGACCUUCGUCUACGCAGAGAAACGUCCCCAGGUACGUGAAUUCGGGAGCCCACAGGAGUCCUUAGGAGACAGAGGACCUGCCCCCGGAGCUGGGGGGUAAUGGGGUGCAUGGGACUUACCCGAGCCAAACGCAGACUCUAAAAACAGACCUACCCCCAGACCAUCAUCCCAAGGUUGAAGAAGAAAACAAUACAAACCGCAACUAACCUUAAUUAGUUUUGCGUUGACUGACCACGGUGGACUCUGCGUGCUCACUCGGAGGCUUUCACGGCGGGACUGCACGCUUGGGUGACUAGACCCGGGGAUGCAAUAGAGAGUUCGUGCCUAGGGCGCUCUUCUGGAGAAGCCACUUUUCUCCUUCCUUGGGAAAUUCAGCCUCCCAGGGCCCUGGCUUCGGUUCCCUCUGUGCCAGAUGAGGAGCCCCACUGGAUAACCGUGUGCGCUAAGUCCCAUCUCCCAGACGCCCCAUCGCUUAUCAUUCACAGUCCCGCUGCCUGGCAAGUGGCAAAUGCUAAAACAGGGCCCACCGACUUGCAGGUCGUGGUUUUGGCGCACGGGAGGGACCCCCGAUAACCCCAUUCUCACACAGGCACUCAUAACCGAGGCAUUUGGGUCAUCUUACAUAUAUACAGUCAUUACAGCCACAAGCAAGAAUCACCAGGACCAGAGAAACCUGCCUGUCACUACCAGAUACUUUAUUUUUUAAUUUACUUUUUUUUUUUUUGAUACUCUAAAAUAAGUGCAAAGUCACCACACUCCCAACAAAAAAAUGCCAUCAUUCAGAAAAUAUGCAAUUUGGGUCUUAGCCUGAACUGGGCCCGACACACAGCUUUGCUUCUUCCUAGCAGUGUCAUCCUAGGCAAAGUACUUACCUUCUCCGGGCUCAGUUCCUCAACUGUAAAUUAGGGGCAACACUACCUGCACUUAGGAAUAAAUAAAGUGGCAAAUGAGAAAUUCCUUAGCACAUUGUCCCUAAUCUCUCCCUCUUAAAUUCCCUAUCUCAGGUUAUGACACAGCAUAAGGAAUUUCUGAAUACUACAUUUAUGAUAAUCUAACUUUGAAAGCUGGGGAAAAAAUGAGGAUGUGAGAUUUGGUAUGUCAUAAUACAAAACCAAAGGAACUGUUCAUUGCUGACCUAUCUGCAAAAAAGUUUAGAUGCUAAUGGUUCAAAACUCGAUUUCUCUAAGCAAACAAAGCAUGGGGGCACCUGGGUGGCUCAGUCAGUCAAGCAUCUACCUUGGGCUCAGGUCAUGAUCCCAGGGUCCUGGGCCAUGUCUGGCUGUCUGCUCAGCAGAUAGCCUGCUUCUCCGUCUCUGCCUACUGUUCCUCCUCCUCUCUCUCUCUCUCUCUCUCUCGCUCUCACUCUCUCUGUCAAAUAAAUAAAUAAAAUUUAAAAAAAAGAAAAGAAAGCAUGGAUCUUAAAGUUAGAUAAGCAAAAAAACAAAUUAAGCCUAUUUCUGAUGUAGCUACCUUGGGGAAUGUUUACCAGCAAUCUGGCUUCAUCUCUGAUGAAGCUUGGGGCACAAGAACUUCUGAGCCCAUGUCAAUUCUUGAUUCAGUUCCUUUGCUUCUGAACCCUUUGAAAAAGUGUCUAAAAGCCCCUCAAAUGCAUUCUUCAAAAUAAGUGACUACAGUUACAUUAGGUACCAACCCCCCUAAUCCCAAAACACCAUAGACUAUGAGAAGAUGCUGCCAAGGGUAGGAGAUAGAAAGGAGAUAUUUGGUGCCUGUAUUAGUCUGUUCAGGCUGCCAUAAUAAAAUGCCGUAGACUAGGUGGUCUAAACAACAGAAAUUUAUUUUCUCACAGUCUGGAAGCUUAAAGUUCCAGAUCAAGGUGUCUGGUGAUUACAGUUCCUGGUGAGAGCUCUCUUAUUGGCUUAUAGAUGAACACCUUCUCACUGUUUCCUUUUUUUUUUUUUUUUUUUUUUUUUUAGGAACUGUGUGAGAUGCCUGGGUGGCUCAGUUGGUUAUGUGUCUGCCUUUGGCUUUGGUCAUGUCAAGACCCAGAAUUGGGCUUGCCACUCAGUGGGGAGUCUAAUUCUCCCUUUCCAUCUGCCUCUCCCCCCCCCCCCACUUAUGCUCUCUUACUCUUUCUCUCAAAUAAGUAAAAUAUUUAAAACUAAAUAAAUAAAAAUAAAAAUAACUCUGUGCCAUUUCAUGGGUGGAGGGGCUAGGAUUCAGGCACUUGGAGGCCUCAGGAGCUCUGCUGGGCAGUGCAAAGGAGUUCUCCUCCUGCUACUUCCAUAUCUGGUCUUUGAAUUCUUCUCGCUGUGUUGAUCCUCCUUCUCAGGUGGCCAUAGCUCCCUCUUCUGCUGUAUAGCAUAGUCCUUAAACCACCUGGCCUGUUUGGCAAUCUAGAACAUAGCCCCAGGGAAGGUGAAGUAGCAUGUUUUCUGAAAUACAUCCAGCUUCACCCCCAUCUUGUUUUUCCAUCCUCUUCCUCUUAUAAGGAUAUCAGUCUCAUUGGAUUAGUGCUCUACCCUUAUGACCCCUUUUAACCUUAAUUGCCUCUUGCUGAGAAAGGCAGUCUCAUGCAUGCAGUCUUUCAUAAUAUGACCUUGGCUUGGAACACUUCUUUACCAAGAGAUGAAAGAGUCCUCCCAGCUUGUGCCAGAUAUUUUGCUCUAUAUGGGACUUUGUGUAUUCCUUUAUUUUGUUUAAGACACCUAAGAGUUCUUUUACCCUUCCACCAUGUGAGGAUACACUAAGAUGGCCAUCUGUGAACCAGAAAGCUACCCUCACCAGCCACUGAAUCUGCUGGUACCUUGAUCUUGGACUUGUCAGCCUCCAGAACUGUGAGAAACAUAUUUAUGUUGCUUAUAAGCCACUCAGUCCAUAGUAUUGUUCGGGCAGCCCAAAUGGACUAAGACACUUAUACUAUACACUCAAAACAGUUUUCCAAGGUUACUUAGGUCAUUUUCCUUUUUCUUAGACCAUUCAGUGAAUUUAUGUCAUACACCUAAUGCUUAGAUUCAGUUGUCAUAGUCUAUACUCCAUCAUAAGAUCCCCUGACAUCCUACUUGAAAUUUCGGGGGUAAAAUGUACAUGUAAAAAACUUCAGUCUUUGUGUACUAUUCUAUUAGUUUUAAAGGUCAGUAUGUGAUGAUAAAGAGGUCAAUUCAUCAAAAAUAUCUAACAAUUGUAAAUAUUUAGGUAUCCAACAUCAGAUAUAAUACCUAAAUAUAUAAGCCAAAUACUACCAGAACUAAGAGGAGAAAUACAAACCAAUAUAAUAAUAGUUGAAGACUUUAAUAUUCCAUUCUCAACAAUGAAUAAAUUAUCCAGAGAAUCAAUAAGGAAACAGGCUUAACACUAAGACCAAAUGGAUCCAAUAGACACAAACAGAACAUUCCAUCCCAGAGCAGCACAACACGUUCUUCUCAAGGGCACAUGGAAUAUUUUUAGGAUAGAUCAUGUGAGGUCACAAAACAAGUCUCAACAAAUUAAGGAAAAUAAAAUUACAUUGAGUACCUUCCAACCACAGUGAAAUGAAAUUAGAAUUCAAUAACAGGAGGAAAACUGGAAAAUUCACAAAUACAUGAAAAUUAAACACAUUCCUGAACUACCAAUUAAUCAAAGAAGAAAAUAAAGGGAUAUAAAAAACAUUUUGACAGAUGAAAAUAAAAAGGCAAAAUAUCAAAAUUUAUGGGAUGCAGCAUAGUUCUCAGAAUUGUCAACUAUAUUUAAAUUUUAGAACUUUAACUUAAAAAUAAAAAGCAUCAGAGCAGAAGGAUCUAUAGUCUAAGGGGCAGAAUAAAGGGGUAAAAAGGUAUGCAGGGAGGGACUGAUAACUGAUAGAUGAUCAGACUUGUGAAACUACCUGGGGAAACCUUCUUAAAUGUGUACAGCAAACCUAGUGAAAUAUCUGGAAAAUGAAGAGUGGGUAUAUAGCAGAUCACAGGACUGAAAAAAAUAGGGCAGUUUUCAAUUCCAAGAAUUUUUUUUUAGAUGCAAGAUGGGGCACCCGAGUAGCUCAGUCAGUGGAGUGUCCGACUCUUGAUUUUGGCUCCAGUCAUGAUCUUAGUAUUGUGACUGUUGUGAGCUAGAGCGCCACUACUGGCGCCAUGCUCAGCAGGGAGUCUGCUUGAGAUUCUCUCUCCCUCUCCCUCUGCCCCUCCUCCCAUUCACAUGGGCA